CUUCCCAAUUUUCACCGUCGGCCAAGAAGGAAGAAGAUUUAGCAAAAGCUCUCCGACGAAGAAAACUUGACCAACUGUAAAUAAUGGUUUUCAGGGAAAUUCUUUCGUUCUUCAUCGUAGCCGCUCUCUGCUCCAAUCUCUGGGUUGAUGGUGAUACAUCAAUCUCCGAAUCCCCUUUCUCUGUUGCUCUCGAUGCUCUUCAAGAUCAAUUGAACUACACAUUUCAGGAUGUGGCAUUGCUGCGGCGUGCCAUGACGCAUUCCUCCUACUCGGCAGAGAACAACAAAGUUUUGAGCAUCUUUGGGGAGGGAGUGAUCGAGACUGCGGUCUCAAUGCAACUGUUGGUGAAGGACAUUGAUGUCUCUUCCAAGGAGCUGCACGAGGAGAUUUCGCGGGUGUCGAAGGUGGAGAGCUCAUGCGCAGCGGAUGGAACCAAGUUGGGGUUGCAGAGGAUAGUCAGGGUUUCCUCCAACGUGAACUCCACAACUCCUUCGGUGGUCUGUGGCGCUUUCCGGGCAGUUUUUGGGGCAGUUGCUUUGGACACGGGCAGUGCAGACAGUGGCGGGAAGUUGUUCUUGAGAGUUCACGCGAGAGAUGGCAACAAUCAUGAUGAUGUGAUGUUGGCCGCUCAACGCAUUGGUGAUGUGAUCAUGUGAGUGAGUAAUGUGAUGCCUUACUAUGCUGCUGCUGAGGGAACUUUUGGAUUGCCGUUAUUUAGUUGAUGUAAAGCGCGGGGCUGUAGUAGUUUUAAUGUCUUGUUAUGGGGAUUUUAGCAACUAGUCAAUCUCUAAUAUUUAUGCCCUUUGGAUUGGAUUGUGACUGUAUGCUUUACAUCAUGAGUGAAUGUACCCUUGUUUGUGUUUUUUGGAUGGUUGUAUCAUAUCAUAUUAUCAUAUGAAACAAAAGUUGCCUUCUGCAGAACCAAUGUGUUUUUUGUCUCUACAACGACUCGGUAUGUAUAGAUAUGAUUUA